UCUAUGACAACCGAAGACUUACCUUUUGAUCGGUGGCAGCUGUGAAAGAAAUAUGUGUGAGAAAGUGUUUUCACAUUUAAGUAUGAUAAUGCGCACAAGUGAGAAAGAGCAAGAGAGAGCACCUGCUUUCACACGUGGCAGUAUUUUAAUUUUGUUAGUUGGAGACAAGGGUCGCACACGGCACACAACUCCCAGGUCGACAUGAAGGGAUAGCACACAAGCAAAAGCAACAGGUUAUGGAUAAAGAAAGGGCAACACUGUUUUCAGAUGCUAUGAGCGUCCUUUAACUCGAGGGUGCAGCCAUUUUCAACACGCCACAUGGCUGACCAUACAUCUCCCGAGCCCGAGUCGCUCUCCUACACUCCCAUGUUUCGCCCUCAGACAGAAGGACAAAGGUCAAGCCACGACCUUUACCAGCAAGGUUCAAUGAGUGGGCUCGGCCAGUUUGAGGUCCCGUGUGAAGCCACGGACGGCACCGGGAGCACUAUGAAUGGAAUCGAUCAAUCAGCGAACACUGCUUACUGGGGGAAUACGUCCCCUGUGUCCUCUAUGGGACUGAACAGGAACAAGGCACAAGCUGGAGUUUAUGAGACUGACUGGAGUUCUCACUGCCACCAACAAGAGGCAUUAGAGGGUUAUGAAACAACUGGGCAUCAGCAACAAAAACUGGAUUCUUUCUCCGAGGCGUUUUGCAGUCGUAGCCCCUUCCGAAUGCAGGCCGGAGGAGAGCAGAGCGGCUUCAACAACUCUACUCCUCCUUCACAUACCCUCUCCUUCCCUCUGGUUCUUAGCCCACCGCCAACGCCCUUGCCCCCUCCAUCCUUUUCUCCUCCUAAACGACCUCAACACUUCUCGCCUGGCCAGAUCUUAAGCCAAUCACAGAUAGAUGGGUCACUGCAGUUCUUUCCCUCUUUACCUUCGCCCUCCACCGGCAGGUUCAAUCACCCCAUUUGGCUCCAGCUACAAGCUGACGACAACAACGGCCUGGACUUAACGCAGCACCUCCCGCAAGAUUCAAACUCAUCCAUGGUUUAUUCAGAGCAUGGAGGGCCUCAUCUGAAACAAAUAAACUCCCUGCAGAAAGACUGUUCACUGCAAAUGCCCCUCAACCCUGCACUGGUUCAACAUCAUCAUUCUCAGGCCUGCUUGCAGCAAGAGCUGGGUCACGAGCCCGGGACAUCCGAAGAUCACAUGACAUGGCCUCAGUUUGGGCAAUCAUCCCGUUCAUUUGGACCUUCUCUGCAUCAGUCUAAUCUCCAUGUGCAGGGGUCAGGGCCAGGAGAAGGAACAAGAUUCGGUUAUGGACUGAACUUCGGUCCUGGGUCCUCAGAUAAACCUCUGGGGUCCUCCAGCACACAGAGUGUUCCAAGUUCCGUAUAUACUGGAGUCCCUUUCAGCAGUGUGAUCCAGAUGAGUAGAGCGCUCGGGGAGAACUGGGAAGAAACUACACCUCACUAUACGCCACCUCCGAUGCUGAACCCAACACGUAGUGGAACGGGGCUCUUUUGCAACCUAUUGUCUUCCCUAGCUGUGGAAAGCAGAGCACUGUGGACAGACGAGAGGAAAGAUGAUGACUCACAAAGGUGCAUAAAUAUAGGCCCAGAGUUCCAAGCUGAGCUGCCAGAUUUGAUAACAGGAAGAGAGCCUGAGGUGUGUCCAGAGGAACCAGUCAGGGAGGAGUUGUUAUGGAAACCCUGGGCAGAGCUAGAGGAAAAUGACACCCUUUUACAGCACGUGGAGAACCUUCUUGACCUGAGUGCCUCUAGUGUUCUACCAGGAGGUGGCGCCAAUUUGGAGCUUGCUCUUCAUAGCCUGUCUCACUGCCAGGGAAACAUUCUAGCAGCGCUGGAGAUGCUGUUGUUUAAAAACUCCCCUCCAUCAGAAAACUAUCACUAUUCUGGCAUGGAAACAUGGACUUUGAGUGAACAAAAACUGUUCCAUAAAGCAUUCACAAUUUAUGGAAAAGAUUUCUCCUUCAUACACAAAAUGGUGAGAACGAAGCAGGUGGCACAGUGUAUUGAAUUCUACUACAACUCCAAGAGGCUCUCAGAGAAACAAAACAAGCAGAGGGAGAGAGAAAAAGAAAGUCUGGAGGAAGAGAGAAUUGCAGCCAUCAUCAGUCAGGUAACGCCAGCCACAAAGAUGAUGGUUAACCAAGCCAGUAUUGACAGACUGAUUCAUACCCCACCACUGCCCACAAGCUUUCCCUGUAAACAGUGCGGAAAGAUGUUCUAUAAAAUCAAAAGUAGAAAUGCUCACAUGAAGAUCCAUCGGCAGCAGCAAGAGGACUGGAGGGAAAAACUACGGAUACACCCAAACCAGCACCACAACCUGACCAGAGCACUGGCUCAUCCAAACCAGCAAAUCCUAACCCAGACCCACCAUCAGAAUCACAUCCUGACCCAAAGUCUGAUUCAGAAUCUGGUUCAGUCACAGACCCAGUUGGCUUUUCUUCAAAGCACAAAGACUCCGAGUACAUGCCCAACAGGCAGUUCCAGUUGCAUGGCUCCCACCCAGGAUCCACAGAUUGUGUCUAAAGCACCUCCCUUACAACUCCACACUGGACACCAGCAGACAUGGGGCUCCCUUCACAAUGUAGACGCAGGAGGCCUGUUCUAUAACAGAGGAUCCAUGGUAAAUGGGCUCCAUUUGAGCAUACAGGACACUGUCAGUAAACCAUGGGCUGAUACCCAAUAACUGACUUGUACAGUUUGUAAUUUGUUAAGAACUUAGAGAUAUUACUGCUUUCAAGAGCGUUUUUAAAGACUUCUCAAAUUUAUGAACCACUGUAAUGUGGAAAAAACAAAAAAACAAAAAAACAAAAAAAAAAAGUUGCCAAAUGCUUCAAGUAACGGUUUUUAUUUUAAACAGCACAUGACAAACGUUUAAGACACAAGUUUAUUAAAUAUCACAUCACAUCUAAAAGCCUCCAUUAGGUCCUGGGGGGAAAACAUUUUAAUUACUGAAAUUCCACCCAUUUCAACCUAAAAUUUUAAAGUUCAGUUGCUGCCUUAAAGUAAAAUGAAUUGUUGUACAACUUUAACUUACAUUAAACUUCAACUUAAUUUAAAUUUCUCAACUUGGAGUUAAUGUAAAAACAUAAGUUGCCAUGACUUUUCUUGUAAACAGUGUAUUAGAAGUCAAUACCACCUAAUGACCACUGGGCAUUUUCGUCUAGGGGCUCACCUCCACCAUCCCACCCGUGCAGAGUCAGCUGGUUUCCUUGCAACAGGUCCCUGAAAAGAGGGCUUCAUAACUGAUUGUUUUUGCAGUUGCAUGGGCUUAAGCAUUUGGGAAGGAACUGAAAAUAGAAGGCACGAUCAAGAUUAUUAUAGGAACUUACAAACACACCAAAUGAUUCUAAAUCAUUCUGAAUAGCAAGAAGUUGAAGAACGCUACUUUCACAUGUCAGAUUUUAAACACCUUGAUCACAAAACCCACACACUUUUUAUAAAUACUGACCCAACAAUAUUUAUCCACUAAAUCAAAACCAAUGCCAAACCUAG